UAAUCAUGCUCCCUCUUCUUCUGACACCCGCUGCCGCGGGCCUCUCUCUUCUUGAUCGUCUUGUGCAUUUGAUUUCACGAUACCAGUGACAGACAAUAUGCGCAAUCCACCACUGGAGGUGGUGGCCUCAUGGCCCCCGCCAAACUAUGACAACCCCGUUCAUCGUGGGCCUACACUGCUCAUUGUCGAGGUCACUAUCAUGUCUGUUGCCAUUCUGACACUCAUGGCCCGUUUGUACGUCCGCAUAUUCAAGGUGAACAAGCAUGGACUCGAUGACUGGCUGAUGCUGGCUGCCAUGGUGUUUGGUAUUGGUGUUACUGUCUGUGUCAUUCUUGCAGCUCAGCUCUACGGCUGGAAUAUCCAUGUCUGGGAUCUCAAGAAGUCUCAGGCGGAAAAUGGUCGAAAGGUUUCACUCGCUGCUCAGACACUCUUUCUAUUUUCCUCGGGCCUGGCGAAGAACUCUAUCCUCGUCUCGUAUCUCCGUAUUGCCCCGGCCAAAUCUUGGCUUCGUCGUUUGACUUAUGCCUCACUGAUUCUUGUCACGUCGCUCAUCUUCAUUUUCCUUAUUGUUCUUUGGACACAAUGCAACCCAACCUCUGCAUACUGGAAGCUGGACGGAGGUGACAGUUGCCGUCCUGAGGGACCUAGUGUACUGAGCCAAGCCAUUACCACUGUCAUCACUGAUCUCCUUGUCUGUGCCCUUCCUUUACAAACACUCUUCCACCUAAAACUGCCUUUCUCCCAACGAAUGGCCCUCAUUGUCGUCUUCUCUCUCGGCCUCGUCGUUGUCUUCGCGGCCUCUAUGCGCGCAUACUACACCCAUUAUGUUACCGAUGAAACCUACGAUGUCACCUGGCAGGGCUUCCACCUUUGGAUCUGGACUGCCGUAGAGGCUAACCUUGGAGUCAUCUGCGGCAGUGUACCAGCCCUUCGACCCCUAUUCCGAAACAUGUUUCGAUCCAAGAGCAGCAGCUACUACAACAAGACGAACUCUCAUGCCUACCCACCCGGCACAGCUCCAGGUGUUGUCACAGUCGUCACCAGCCCCAAGAAGAACUCCCGAAACUGGACCGAUAGUUUACAACGAAACUCCAAGGGAGUUAGGAUACAAGACGACCAUAUCGAUAUUGAAGGGGGAUACAACGAUGCUAGACGACAAAAGAGCUCAGAUAGUGGAGCGUCGUCACUCGAGAUGGACACGUGGCCACCGAGACCACAACCUAGGUCUUGGCCUACAAAUUGACGAGGCAUGAUAAUUUGACAUAUAUUGGCGUUCUUGAAAUUUGGGUGGGAUUUGGAUAAGCUUUACGAAGCAGGAAUGGGCAUCAUGGAUAAAGGUCUAGGCACCAAAAAAGGAUUCAAACAGAACUUUGCUAUACUUAGCACGACAUGAUGAAAAAAAUUUCGUUUUGCCCAAU